AUGGACAGGCACAAAGUGAAGCGCCAGAGGCUGGACCGCAUUUGCGAAGGUAUAAGGCCUCCUAUUGGUAAUGGUCCAAUGCCAGCUCGUCCAUUGGUUGCCCUCCUUGAUGGCAGGGAUUGCACUGUAGAAAUGCCUAUCCUGAAAGAUGUUGCCACAGUGGCUUUCUGUGAUGCACAAUCAACUCAGGAAAUCCAUGAAAAGGUUCUAAAUGAAGCUGUUGGGGCUCUGAUGUACCACACCAUUACCUUGUCGCGCCAGGACCUGGAGAAGUUCAAAGCUCUCCGGGUCAUUGUGCGAAUUGGCAGUGGCUAUGACAAUGUGGAUAUCAAGUCAGCUGCAGAAUUAGGCAUUGCAGUAUGCAAUAUCCCUUCAUCUUCUGUAGAAGAAACAGCUGAUUCUACCCUCUGUCACAUCCUAAACCUUUAUCGUCGGGUUACAUGGCUUCACCAAGCCAUGCGGGAAGGAAACAGAGCCUCGAGUAUGGAGCAAAUCAGAGAGGUGGCUGGUGGGGCUGUACGUAUCCGUGGUGAGACCUUGGGCAUCAUUGGCCUUGGCCGAAUUGGGCAAGCGGUUGCCUUACGUGCAAAACCCUUUGGUUUCAACGUUAUUUUUUAUGAUCCUUAUUUGCCUGAUGGAGUGGAGCGUUCCUUGGGAUUACAGCGGAUGGCCACCUUGCAAGACCUCCUAAUGCAUAGUGAUUGCAUCACAUUGCACUGUAGUCUAAAUGAGCAUAAUCAUCAUCUCAUCAAUGACUUCACCAUUAAACAGAUGCGUCAGGGCUGCUUUCUGGUGAAUACGGCGCGUGGAGGUCUGAUUGAAGAGAAGGCCCUGGCUCAAGCCCUAAAGGAAGGGAGGAUCAGAGGGGCUGCUCUUGAUGUGCAUGAGUCAGAACCUUUCAGUUUUGCUAAUGGGCCCCUAAAAGAUGCUCCCAAUGUGAUUUGUACUCCUCACACAGCCUGGUACAGUGAACAGGCUUCUAUUGAGUCGAGAGAGGAUGCGGCUAAGGAGAUCCGAAGAGCCAUCACAGGUCACAUACCUGAUGGUUUGAGGAACUGUGUUAACAAGGAAUACUUGCUUUUAGCGGCUCAGUGGUCUGGCAUUGAUCCUGCAGCUGUACAUUCAGAGCUUAAUGGAGCUACAGCUUACAGGUUUCCUCCAGGAGUAGUAGGCGUAGCCACCUCUGGGCUACCGGAGCCACCAGUUGAGGGAAUUGUAGCUCACAGCAUCCCCUCUGUGUCUCACUCUGCACCACACACUCCUUCUCCAGGAGAGUCAAGCAAAUUGGAGCCAGACAGAGAAAUCUCCACUGACCAGUAGCACCUCUCUUGUCUUAUUCAGCCCUUAACAUAAAACAGGGAAAGUCUCCUGUUUUUAGG